UUUUCUUUUUUGUCCUUCACACUCCCCAACCAAGGAUGUUGUUAAGAACUUGAAAGAGCAGCAGCUUCUAAGCGGUGCGGAGGAGUUAAUAACCAGUAGGAACAAGUCUCUCAUUCCUUCUUCCUCUUAUCAAGUGUCUAUAUAUACACAUAUGACACACCACUUUUGAUUUCGGGGGAUUUCACGUAAUUCGUCGGAUUUCAAGGUAAGAACAAAUUAGGCAUUACUGGAUAUAUACUCCAAAUUGCUAAAGGGAAGGAGGUGACUAAAGUCUGUCAUUCGUUUGAACUCUAUGGCUUACAUUCCUCCUCACAAGCGGCACUCAAAGAUUCUAGAGAAGUCUUCACCAACUCCAGAGUUACUUGUUCCUCGGUUUAAGAGAGACAUAAAGUUGAACCCAGCAAAACCUAAUAUAGAGAGAAGUGGAAAGAUUAUUUAUGCAAAUAAUGCCAUAUCUAGAUGGUUUAUGGUUGGUUCCACUGAGGCUGACCAAUUUCCCGCAUCUGUUCAUCUUGAGCCGGUUUCCUUGGAAGCCUUUGAGCAGAGAACAGGAGGAAAGCCUCUGGCUUUGAUCAACAGUCAUCUGAUGAAAGAAGAGAGUAAUGAUCCAAGGGGGAUAAUUUUGAGACCACCAUGGGCAUCAAUAAGUGGAAAAGUAUUACAAGACCUCUUAUCUACAUUUAAAAUCGUGAAAAACGAAAUGGAUUUUGAUGAGUUGGAAGUGAUAAAGCCGACGUUGGUUGCUAGAUUUGGUAAAGUUCUUUUCCAUGGGAGCCCUUCAGUGAGCCUUGAGAACAUUAAAGAAAUUGAAGCUGCUGAAGCUACUCUUGGACAAUUGAAAAGAACAUUUUACACGAGUGUUUCUACUUCAUAUAUGGAAAAUAUUGUUGAUGUAGUUGUCCCGGAAAUUGGAGUUGACUUUGAAGAUGAGAAGGACAUAUACCAUGUAAAGCUGUCGGAUAGAACAAGAAAAGAUGCAACCAUUUCAUGCAAAUGUAGUGUGACAAAUGAUAAAAGGCUUGAGCUCUAUAAAGUUGAACUCAACCAAAUUCGUAACAUGGUUAUAGAUGUAUCUUGCCUGGAAAAAAAUAUGGACCUGAGGCUAAUGCUCUGUACCAAGAGGAUCUUAACAUCUCUGAUUGACGAUGAAAUGCAUAGCAUUAGAGAUUUGAUCAAUUCUGCUGUUCUAGAUACGGAUGUAAAGGGCGGAUUGAGAUGGCCACUAGGAAAAGCAUCUUCUGGAGAUAGAUACAGUGUCGUUGGGGUUUGGCACACGAUAUCAAAAGCAUACAAAAGUCCGUCUUUGAGGCUCAAGGUAAGAAGUGCAGAUCGAUAUGAUUUCCAAACUUCUAGAGGGGAAUCUACAAACGAGAUUGUACUGAAGUUGAAAGGAAUACUCUCAGAAUUGCAGGAAGACAAGUUGCAAGGCUCGGUCUCUCUCACGCUUGAAGACACCUUAAAGUUGAUAUGGGAUCACUUCCUGAGCGAUGAACAUUCUCCUCUGCCAUGAAAUUCCUAUGUGUAGAUGGUGGUGUACUCACCACUCACUUUAGUGUCGUUACAACAAUGAUAUGAUAUGGGUUACUAAAAACGGCCAUGGCGCCGGUAGACACUGUAUUUACUUGUGGGGUUUUGUUAGUAGUGCUUGUUUUUCAUUUGGCUUGGAAUUAUAAUGAAAGAUUGUUUGUGGAAGAUAAUUAUGAUUGACCUGUAA